CUCUCCCUCUAGGCUCGCUGUCUCUCUCUCACGCCGAACCCUAGCCUCCUCUGCCGAUCGAAGUUCCGCUCCGUCGCGCCGUCGUCUUCAUCACGCUCCAUCAUCUUCAUCCUCGUGCACCGAUCGAAUGUAUUGUACUAGCUUACCAUCUUUUCCUGGGCUGGGCUGAGCUGGGCUAUAAAAAUCAGUACCAAGCUGCAGGCCCCGCCUUUAGGUGCUGAGAGAUGGUUUCAGCCAUUUACAACCCCAACCGGCCCAUCCAAUUGUCCACCAUAAAAUGCAACAAAAUCUUCAUGAAUCAGUUCAUUUUUGGCCGCAUAUAAACCAAUUAUGAACAACCGUUUACGAAGUUGUAUCUCAAAAUGUAUGGAAUGGGAUCUAUAAUGUCAUAUCUUGCUAGGCUUUGAAGAAAUUAAAAGGAUCAUAGCACCUUAAGCCCAAACUCCAGGCACAUGCACGUCAUCGAGAUUCGAUGGAGCCUAGAACUCGAUCAGUGUAAUUUCAACCAACAGGGAAGGGGAUUCGAAAAUCAGCGUAGAAAAUUGCCAUUUUUGAGAACGAGUCGAGCAAUGCGAUGGAAGAAUCUAGGGUUUAGGGGCUUCUGUUUGCCCCUCUUCUUUGAACAACAAACCAACUAAACCCGGCAAAAGUGAAGUCUGCAUCAGUCGCUUCCAUUGAUGAAGAGCCAGAUGGUGCAUAUGAGUCAUGAUUGAGCACAAGUAGAAAGCUUUUUGCUCUUUGCCUCAAAUUUUGCUCAGGUUGUUGCUCAACGUUAAACCGAAAGCCAUGAGCGGCGGCAGGCAAAGGACCCUUGGGGGUGGGGGUCAACAGAUAUUGGACCACCUGAAGCGGAUGAAUGCAGAGAAUACAGCUUUCUUCUAUGCAGUUCAGGGUGAUAAUGAUCACACUGGUGGAAAUAUAUUCUGGGCAGAUGCAACAUCCAGAAUGAACUAUUCGUACUUUGGGGAUGCCGUCAUAUUUGACACAACGUACAAGAUGAAUGAGUAUAGGGUGCCAUUUUCCUCAUUCACAGGGUAUAAUCAUCAUGGGCAGCCAGUGUUGUUUGGUUGCGCGUUAAUUCUCGACGAGUCUGAGUCCUCCUACAUCUGGCUAUUUCAAACUUGGCUUCAUGCAAUGUCUGGACGCUGCCCUGUUUCUAUAACAAGCGACCCAAACCCACUCUUACAAGUUGCUGUUACACAAGUUCUUCCUGAAACCCGCCACCGUUUAUGUUUGUCUGCCAUGUUCAGAGAAACACGAGAGAAACUGGCUCAUCUAUAUCAGUCACAUCCUACUUUUGAAACAGAAUUUAAGAAGUGCAUUACUGAGACAGAGACAAUUGAUGAGUUUGAUUCAUGCUGGCAAUCACUGCUGGAGAGAUACUAUAUUAUGGAUAGUGAAUGGCUUCAGUCAAUGUACAAUGCAAGACAACAAUGGCUACCAGUUUGCAUGCGAGACACUUUCUUUGGAGAGAUAUCUAGAGGUGAUGGAAGUGAACCUUUAAAUUUGUUCUUUGAUGGUUAUGUGAAUGAAUCCACCACCAUACAAAUGUUGAUGAAGCAAUAUGAGAAAGCUAUAGCAAGUUGGCAUGACAUGGAAUUGAAGGCAGAUUAUGAAACUACUAACACCAGCCCAGUUCUGAAGACACCUUCUCCUAUGGAAAAACAAGCUGCAAAUCUUUAUACAAGGAGAAUAUUCAUGAAAUUCCAAAAGGAACUGGUUGAGACCCUAGCUAAUCCUGCAACCAAAAUUGAUGACUCAGGAACUGUCGCCACAUACAGGGUGGCCAAAUUUGGGGAAGACCACAAAGCACAUGCUGUGACUUUCAAUUCUUUUGAGAUGAAAGCUAAUUGCAGCUGCCAAAUGUUUGAGUAUUCAGGAAUUAUUUGUAGGCAUAUAUUAGCAGUUUUUAGAGCAAAAAAUGUUCUUACUCUUCCAUCUCAGUAUAUAUUGAAACGAUGGACAAGGAAUGCCAAGAGUGGAGCUGUGUCGGAUGAACAUGCUUCAGAGUUGCCAAACAGUUCUCAAGAAUCUUUAACAGUGCGGUAUAACAAUCUACGUCUAGAUGCAAUCAAAUAUGUAGAAGAAGGGGCAAAAUCUAUCCACAUUUAUAACGUGGCAUUGGAUGCUUUGAAAGAGGCAGCUAAGAAGGUUGCUGCUGUGAAGAAUCAAGGUCCAGCACCUACCCAGGUCGGUACUCUAGUAAACGGUGUUGGGCAUGAGUUACAGGCAAAUCAAGGAAGUCAAAUGGCAACAUAUCAAUCUACGGACGAGAAGGAAAAGAAAGUUCGCGAAUUGACUGCAGAUUUGGAGAACAUUAAUCGACGAUGUGAAGUGUAUCGAGCAAACCUGUUAGCUGUCCUGAGAGAUAUGGAAGAACAGAAGUUAAAGCUAUCAGUGAAGGUUCAAAAUGCGAGGCUUAGUUUGAAAGAGUGAAGGCUACAUGAAGGAAAUAUUUGCGUGUUAAUGUAUAUUUUCAUGUACUAGUAGUUUGCUUUUUUUUUUUUUGAAUUGAGCUUGGCAAAGGCAUGGCUUCUGGUGGGUGAGGGGGGAUGUGGCGGAUUGUAACUUAUAUUUUCACCGUGCAGUUUAAGUACUGACAUGACAAGUACUGUUGGUUGAGAAAACUGUUACUUAAAUUCCUAUAAUUUGCUUAUCCACUAAACUUGUAUAGUUCUAUGACUUGUCUUAAGUUUGUAUUAUGUUUAAUUUAACUCGUAUAAAUCUAUAACUUGUUUCAAAUUUGUAUGGAUUUAAAUUCUCA